UAUACUGGCUACCUGCCCAGCUGGACAGAACAUAGGGCUGUAACCAUAAAACCAGCAAACCUAAGAAGUCAAUUGUCUCAACAUCUACAGCGUUAGAGAAACAUCUAUAUAUUAAGUGCAUUGUCUGUUUAGGAUUUGACACUGAGAGACUAGGAACAGCACUACUGGAUCAGUGAAGUUCUGAAUAAUGGGCUCUGAGGACGGUUUAAUAGUCAUGUGAUUGUUUACAGAAAGUGUGCGCCAAUGUAGAUGUGUGGUAUGCGCUCUGGAGUAGAUGGUGCAAGAAACAAGGGCUAGACAGAGAAAAGGUCACAGAAAGAAGAGAGGAGGUUAUAAUAAAGAAAAGCAAAUAUGAAGAAGGUAUUAAGAAUGAAAUAGAGGGUGUAAAAUACAAGGCAGAAAAUUAGACUGUUUUUUUUUGUUCUUCUCCUUAUACAUGGGCGCAAGACACCCUGCACUCCUGCACUCAGGAGUUCUCUGAUUAGACUGGACGCUACUGUACCCUCCUGCCAUGCUCAGCAUUCAACCAGACGUCUACUACCUGUCAAUCUGUCUAAUCUGGGGAUUCAGUCUCUAUGAAGCUGCUAUUGAUCCUCCAUCUAUUUCAUUUGGAGCUGGAUAUUCCACAUUCAUCAUUGGAGAGCAAGUAAUGCUACAGUGUAAUGCCCCAGCUAAUAGUUUAAUCCAUGGAUACCAGUUUUUCAAGAAUAACGAGGAAUUGAAGAGUCCUGGAGCACAAUCUGGAAACCAAUACAGAAUCAGAAAUGUGAACAUGGGGAAUCAAGGGAUUUACACCUGUAAUUACUGGCUCAAAAACAGAGAGAACCAACAUUCUGCUCCCAGUGGUCCUGUGACCUUGACUGUCAUGGAUCAGCCUUCGAUGCCCUCCCUACGUAUAAACCCUGAGAAUGUGCUUUACCUUGAGGGGGAGUCUGUUAAUUUGCUUUGUGAACACAGUGGUACCUCAUUCUCAGCAGUUUACACAUUUUACAAGGAUAACAAGGUGCUGAAAAGCCACAACAAUGGACAGAGCUCUAAACAUACCUUUACCUAUUUAACCGUCGGAGAUUCUGGAACAUAUGCCUGCCAAUAUUAUUUGUCAGGGGACAAAAGAAUGUCCCCCUCAGCACGAAGCCCCUCCCACACAAUUUCUGUAAAAGCUCUGUCUUCUCCUCCUUUUUUGAAUUUCGUGCCACCAUACUCUGUGUUUAUUGUGGGGGAGGAAUUCACCAUAGUGUGUGAGGCCCCUUCUCCCAUCGUUGCCCCUUUGUUUCGAUUCUACAAGGAUGAGCAAGAGCUGCGAGAUCUCUCAACAAUGCAAUCUGGCAAACUCACAGUGCAGAACAUCACCAAAGCGAGCCAGGGAAAUUAUAUCUGCAUGUACUGGGCGACAAAUAGUCUACGAGCAAUCCCAUCCACUCAGAGCAUAACCAGAGAGCUGAAUGUCUUAGAUCCCUUGCUCCCACCCUUUAUUUCAAUGGAUCCCCCUAAUGGUCGCAUCUGGGAUGGAGGGAAUGUGACCCUGUUUUGUACUGCACCCAUUCAUUACAAGAAUACCACAUUCCAUUUCCUGCAUGAGAAGCAAGAGAUACAACGCAUAUCCUCUAAUAGAACUCAAACAAGCAUGACAAUCACUGUCACCAAAUGGAGUAAUGUCACUUCUACCAACAAAUAUUCAUGUCAGUAUACAGCAGAGAUUGGAGGCCGCAAACUGCUCUCACCUGAGUGCAAUCAAGUUGAAAUAAUAGUAAUAGCUGGGUCUGUUCUCUGGCUGAUAACAGUUGCAGUGGCUGCUGGGAUUACUGUACUAAUCAUCAUCAUUUUCCUCCUAUACUGGAUUAUGUUGGCAAGAAAAGAUAUAACACUAAGUGGUCCUGAAGUCCAGCAAUCUUCUGAAGAUGGUGACAAGUUGACCUCACCAGGACUACAGGAUAAAUGCUAAAGAGGAAAAAAAAUGUACAAGUGUAUUAAGAGGAAGAACUUUCUACUAACAGAAAUUCACUUAAUAAUAACAACAUUAUUGACUGAACCAAAUGAUACAACUAUAUAAAAAACAAGCAAAUGACUCAGCCCUGGAAGAAUCGGUGUAAAUGAUCUGUUUUGUAUUCAGUGACUUGGAAUACACUAAAGGACCAGCUUUUCCCCUACAUACAAUUUUUUCCCCCUGAAUCUCUAGGCUGCCAGAGUGGCCAGAUAAGGAAUGUGCAGGGAAUUAGGGCUAGAUGUGUAUCUUAUAAGACACCAGUAGCUCAGGCUGACUUCCAACAGGUGAUAAUAACAGAGAACCACAAGCUGUCAUACUUGGCACUCUAGACAUUGGGGAUCAAGCAAGUUAUGGUAGUUAGCAACAGGUAGAAAGAUCCUAUAUGUUGUAUAGAAAAUGCUACAGUAUUGUAGUAUUGGGAUAGCAGCUACCCCAACCACCAUUUACUCUUAACUGCUAGGACCCCCAGACUCCCACUGCGAAUACCACAUAACAAAAGUUAAUUCCUGAGUCCCCAAGGCAAGAAACAAUUAGUCACAAUUAGUCCUUACUACACAUCCUUUAAAUAAUGUUCCUCCAAAAAUAAAGAUUACCCAUAGAAAGACAUUGCUUUUUUCCUUUUAAUAAUGGUGAGGGGCUUUAAAAAGCUUAAACUUGUUUAUAUGUAUUUAUAUAUUUUUCCUUAGUGGGCAUGGCAUUUAGAAUGGGAAAUUUCUGACCCAAAUUGCUACUGCUAUAUGGAGAAAACAAGCAUCUUUACUUCUAUACAAAGAAUGGUGGCACUGUUAUUUGUAUAGAGGAUUUAUUUUAACAGAUUGGGAUCUAGCUUUCAGAGUUCUGUACACCCAUUGUUUAAAUGUACAUACGUGUAAUGUUUUAGCAGCCAUUAUUCUCUACUAAUUGUUAUCUUAAUUUGAGCAAACAUUUUAAGGGCCAGUCAACUCCAGAACUUUUAUUGUUUAAAAGAUAGAUAUUCCCUUUAUUACCCAUUGCUCAGUUUUACAUGACCAACACAGUUACUGUAUAUUAAUAUACUUCUUAACUCUGUGAUUACCUUGUAUCUAAGCCUCUGCAGACUGCCCCCUUAUUUCAGUUAUUUUGACAGACUUGCAUUUUAGCCAAUCAGUGCCCUCUCAUAAGUAACUCUACAGACGUGAGUACAAUAUUAUCUAUAUGGCCCACAUGAACUAACACCCUCUAGCUGUGAAAAACUGUCAAAUGCAUUGAGAUAAUGGGCUUCCUUCAAGAGCUUAGAAAUUAGCAUAUAAGCCUACCUAGAUUUAGCUUUCAACAAAGAAUACCAAGAGAACAAAGCAAAUUUGAAGAUAAAUGUGAAUCUGAAAGCUGUUUCAUAUUGCAUGCCCUAUCUGAGUAAUGAAAGUUUAAUUUGACUAGACUGUCCCUUUAAGUCAUAAACUUUUUAAAGAAAAAGUAUUGCUCAUUUAUACUAUUCAGCUUAUUAUAUUAUCAUUAUCUGUCAUUAGAUUACUCUAUUGCAGUGGUGGCUAUCCUUGGUACCACAGAUGUUUUGAAACUACAUUUACCAUUAUGCUUAGGCACUCUGCAGUGAACGUUAGGGGUGCACAGGUUACCCAUCACUGCUCUACAGUAUAUGAAUGUUUACAUUAUCUUAUUACCAAGAACCAGAGUGUCACACAUUUUUACAAAUACAUAAUUAUUGUUCUAUUGAUCUAUCAUUGCAUCUUAUAGCACCUCACAAAUAUAUUUACUCAGAGUGUGACAUGUGUAAAGGGAUCUCAUGUGUUUUUUAUUAUCAAAAAUUAUGUACUGGUUUACUCAAUUCAUAUUUCCAUGCGUUAUAAGAUACUGUGCUACAAAUAUAAUACUGUUACAUAUAGUAAUAUUUUUAGGUUGCAAAGACAUUUAUUUUUAAAGAAAAAAAUAGUCUGUUAUGAAAUUUAGUUUGUUUUAUUGGAACUCUUUGUUUAAAAGCAUACAUAGGUAGGGUCAAAUAUUGAUCUGUCGAUGCUUUGAAUAUUGGGACCUGAAUACUGAAAAAAAGGGCUGAACCCUCCAGCACUGUAAGAUCGUAUUUCUGUAUCUGAAGGAGAGGAAAGCUAAGUGCAAUAUAGCACUGCAUAAUUUUACAGUUCAGUUACAUUUACACUUUGUGUUUUGUAUUUUAUAUUACUGUACACUUCAGAUUGGGUACUUUCAGUAUUAUUACAUUUAAGCUUUGCACUUUCUAUUUUCUAUUUUAAUACAUUAAGAUUUAGAUCCAGCAAUUGUUUUAAAAAUUCUGAUUAUGUUUUGAAAGUGUAUGUGCUACUUUAACAAAUUAAGAUCAUUCAUUCUUUUUA